GCUGACCGAAAACACACACUGUGUGUGUGUGUGUGUGUGUGUGUGUGUGUGUGUGUGUGUGUGUGUGUGUGUGUGUUAGACAUUAGCCUCCGCAGACAGAGCCAGGCAGACAGCGGCACACUCUCCCUCCCUUCCCCGUGUCAAAGCCUCCUUCUGUCGGCCUUCCUGAGCUCGGAUCCCCGCUCUCUGCGUGAAGAUGGUGUGCGGCGGCUUCACCUGCUCCAAGAACGCGCUCUGCUCGCUGAACGUGGUUUACAUGCUCGUCGGCCUGCUGCUGAUCGGAGUCGCAGCAUGGGGGAAGGGGUUCGGCUUGGUGUCGAGCAUCCACAUCAUCGGAGGGGUGAUCGCGGUGGGCGUCUUCCUGCUGCUCAUCGCCAUCGUGGGCCUCAUCGGCGCGAUGCAUCACCACCAAGUCAUGCUCUUCUUUUACAUGGUCAUCCUUUUUAUCGUUUUCCUGUUCCAGUUCGGAGUUUCUUGUUCCUGCUUGGCGAUGAACCGCGGGCAGCAGGAGACGCUUCUGACCUCGGCGUGGGGAAUUUUACAAAAUAAGACCAAGAUAGACCUGGAGGAUCAGCUCAACUGUUGUGGGCUGAUCAACUCCACCGACACCCGGCAACAGUUUGAACAAGACCUGCUACACUGCACCGCCUCUUGUAAAACGCACCAAAAGGUCUGCCAGCGCUGCGGGGACCUGAUGCUUAAUCAUGCUUCAGAAGCUCUGAAGAUCCUCGGAGGCGUCGGACUCUUCUUCAGCUUCACAGAGAUCCUGGGAGUGUGGCUCGCCGUGCGCUACAGGAACCAGAAGGAUCCACGUGCAAACCCAAGUGCUUUCCUAUAGUCUGUCCCGCGUACACAGCACAGCGCCGUUAGAUGCAGUUUUUUUUUCAGACACACUGGUACACACACACAGGCAUUAGAAUCAUGCACAUCUAGAAGCAGACACUCAGGCAUAUUAUACCGAGCCACAACCGCACAGAAUGGACGAGCGCACGUAGCACCCGACGACAAACACACACCUUCACCUGAGACUGAAACUACAGCAACAACAACAACAACAACAACAAACCCGUCACCACGUCCAGAAACCUUCACAAUCUCCUCAAGCUGGAAGAUCUGGAUACUUAUGUAUGAAGGGAUAAGUUGGCAUCACGACCAUGCAGCCUUGAUUUGAGUACCAGAUAGAUCUCCUGCUAGUUUCCAACUAUGUAACAAGCGAUGAGACAUCUCUGCAUGUGUCCUGCGCCUGCACAGACAAACAAACAGCCUCUUUUUGUUGUUGAUUUCAUUCCCCACGCCAACCAAAAUGACUGUGCAGUGUGUCAACAGAUAACUCGUAUGCACCUUGAAAUCUUUCCUCUCGUCUCUAACGUAGUGCCACAGCAAAAUAUAUUCCUCUGGUCAGCGCUAUCGGUGAUGUGUACCCAAGCGUGUCCGGCGUGAUGAGUUUGGUGUCAGCUGAGGGACGGAGGGAGGGAGGGGAAAGAAGUACUGGACAUGUGUUGUAAAUGCGUUUUUUGAAUUGUAUGUAAAUGCUUUUGUUUUUCCCCAGGUGCCACAAAUGCCGGGAUUUAGCAGGAGUUAGGAAGCAAGAAUAGAUUUUUUUUAGGUAGUUGCUAGUCACUCGGGUUCAAAUAUUUAUGAACUGUAACUGAGCCAACUAACUUUUAACAGUCAGAGAUAUUAGGAUGCCAACGGACUGCAGCCUCGAUGUUGUACAUAAUCUGUUAGAAGUCGUUCUCGGUGGGUUUGCCUCCUCCUCCCGCCCCUUUAGUCGUGAGGUUUGCCUGCAUAUUUUGAGGUGACGGGGUGAGGGGGGGGAGCGGCACGAUGAUCCACACACAACUUCUUGUAUUUACGAUGUUUCCUUUGUGUUGCACAGUGAUGUUGCUUAGUGUAGAUUCUGGUAGAAGAGAAGUGGAUUCAGGUACGUUAUCGUUACCUCCUGUGUAACUGGAAGAAAAAACACAAAAAAAAAAUGAAAAAAAAUAAAUUUGAUUUGAAAUAAUUGGGUAAAUUUGGCCAAAACGUGUUUAUCGCAAACCCAAUGUUUUGUUUUUAUAGUGUUAAUUGUGAAAAAGUGCUUUUGGUUGCAACUCUUCUUCUUUUUAAAAGAUAUUUUUGAGCUGAUUUUGUGGAUUUAUUUAGUUCUCUGUUGCCAUCUGCUCUUUUCAUUCAUCAGUGUUAUAAAUGCUUUGUACAAACAAAAAAAAAAAAUAAGUAAAAACGUGUGAAAUAUUUUCAGGAUCUAUUUAAGUUCAAGUUCGAUGACGCACAUUAGGCUUAAGUUAUGUUGUAGUUUUGACGCUGAGCUCGAGGUCGGACAUUUCUGCGCAGUGAUUUUCUCUUUUCCACACGUGUGUUUUCUUUUUUUUUUUUUUGAAUUGCUUUUAACUUAAAAGGACUAACACAAACUGUAAUUACGUCUUACUUGAACCUGUCGACUUUGGCUGAUUUAUGGAUUUCCUGCUGCUGAUUUGGAGUUAUCGCUGGUGUGUAAACAAAAACUUUCAAACAGAUCUUAAGCGUUAUUAUUAUGCCAUGUAUCACACCUCACUUUGAAAUUGUGUGCACUUGUUCAAAUGUAUCUUGAAUUUUUGAGACUUAAUUUUCCAAAUAAUAAAACCUCGAAUUGGAAA